UCGGACCGUGAGGCAGGAGGAGGCUACCGGGUGGAGCGCGCGUUUGAGUAUCAGUGCGCGCUGUCCUGGGCGCCGCCGAUUCACUGCGAAGGAAAGAGGGGCGGGCUGGAGCCUCCACAGCGCGGCUAUGACGUCCUCCCGGCCUUUCGAGGAGGGUCGCCCAUGAAAUACAACAAAGAUGGCAGUGUUGCCAUUACCAGUAAGCCAAGAGAGGCGAGUGAGUUCAAUGGUCAGCACUUUAUUUUGGAGGAAGCAAUUACAGGGGCUUUUGCUUUGGUGAAAACCUGGAAGGCGGACCGAGCAGGAAACGCGAUUUUCAGGAAAAGUGCAAGGAAUUUCAACUUGCCAACGUGCAAAGCUGCAGAAACCACAGUGGUAGAGGUUGAAGAAAUUGUGGAUAUUGGAGCAUUUGCUCCAGAAGACAUCCAUAUUCCUCAGAUUUAUGUACAUCGCCUUAUAAAGGGAGAGAAAUAUGAGAAAAGAAUUGAGCAUUUAUCAAUCCGGAAAGAGGGAGAUGAGGAAGCCGAAUCUGCUAACCCUGGAGAUGACGUAAGGGAAUGAAUCAUCAAGAGGGCCGCUCUUGAGUUUGAGGAUGGCAUGUAUGCUAAUUUGGGCAUAGGAAUCCCUCUCCUGGCCAGCAACUUUAUCAGCCCAAAUAUGACUGUUCGUCUUCAAAGUGAAAAUGGAGUCCUGGGUUUGGGUCCAUACCCAUGACAACAUGAAGCUAAUGCAGAUCUCAUCAAUGCAGGCAAGGAAACGGUUAUUAUUCUUCCAGGAGCCUCUUUUUUCUCCAGCGAUGAAUCAUUUGCAAUGAUUAGAGGGAGACAUGUGGAUCUGACAAUGCUAGGAGCGAUGCAGGUUUCCAAAUAUGGUGACCUGGCUAACUGGAUGAUACCUGGAAAGAUGGUGAAAGGAAUGGGAGGUGCUAUGAAUUUAGUGUCCAGUGCCAAAACCAAAGUGGUGGUCACCAUGGAGCAUUCUGCAAAGGGAAAUGCACAUAAAAUCAUGGAGAAAUGUACAUUACCAUUGACUGGAAAGCAAUGUGUCAACCACAUUAUUACUGAAAAGGCUGUGUUUGAUGUGGACAAGAAAAAAGGGCUGACUCUGAUUGAGCUCUGGGAAGGCCUGACAGUGGAUGACAUAGAGAAGAGUACUGGGUGUGAUUUUGCAGUUUCACCAAAACUCAUGCCAAUGCAGCAGAUCGCAAAUCGAAACAUGAGUAUUUGUACCAGGCUGCGUGUUUUUCAUUUUAAACACAUAGGAUUUAAUUGAAAGGACACCAAUAAUCAUAAUUGUGUAUUUAACAGGUGGUUUUUGAUUAGUUUUCUUCUAGGGUUUCAGACUUUAUGCAUCCAUAUAAACUGUUCUCUAGGCAUGCUGUGACAU